AUGACGGCAGAGGAUACCCCAAUUUCGCCUGUUCAGGCACCAAACUCCACCAGCUAUAGCAAGCACAUUGUCCUCACCACCUACCCCGGCCAAAGCGGAAUCGACCCCGUCCCUCUCACCUGGGGCGCCGCUGAUGCCAAAUCCCGCGGCCCCGUCGUCGUCUCCCGCAGCGGCCCAUUGCUCAAGCGACGCAACGCAAUGGGCGCCCACGGAGGCAGCUACAGCAUUUACAACGCCCUAGCCAUCGCCGCCGGAGACCUGCCCCCUGAUUUCCGCCCGGACUUCCGCAACAGCGAGCCCACGUUCAACUUCCCCUGGCAGCCGGCGUGGGCGGAUAAGACGAAGAUUGUCUCGAUGGAUCCGUAUGGCCAUGAUAUUGUUAACCAGUUCCGGGAGGAGUUGGAUGCUGGUUGGGAUAUUAGGCCUACUAUGGCGAUUACGCGGGCAAAUAUGAAGUUGGCGGAGAUUGAGGAGGCGGUGAGGAAGGGGGAUCUUGAGGUUGAUGGGAAUAUUGUUGUUGAUGAGAGUGGUGAGGUUCGUGUUACUAAGGUUGCUGUUGAGCCGGUUUGGUAUUUGCCUGGUGUUGCGGAGCGGUUUGGGGUUGAUGAGGGCACGCUGCGUCGGACGUUAUUUGAGCAUACUGGCGGCAGUUACCCGGAGUUGAUCACUAGGCCGGAUUUGAAGAUCUUUCUCCCGCCUAUUGGUGGACAGACGGUUUAUAUUUUUGGACCUCCGGAGAGAGUGUCGGAUGAGAACGUGAAAUUGGCACUGCGGAUUCACGACGAGUGCAACGGUAGUGAUGUCUUCCAGUCGGAUAUCUGUACCUGUCGGCCAUACCUCGCUUUUGGAAUCCGUGAGGCGAUCCGCGAAGCACAGAAUGGAGGUAGCGGUGUCGUGAUCUACUUCCGGAAGGAGGGACGAGCCCUAGGCGAGGUCAUCAAGUACUUGGUUUACAAUGCUCGCAAGCGGGGCGGUGACACGGCCGACAAGUACUUUACUCGAACGGAGAACAUUGCUGGCGUGAGAGAUAUGCGCUUCCAAGCCCUCAUGCCAGACAUCCUGCACUGGCUCGGAAUCAAAAAGAUCGACCGCAUGCUCUCCAUGUCGAACAUGAAACACGACGCCAUCGUGCAGACAGGAAUCAAGAUCCUCGAGCGCAUCCCCAUCCCCGAGGACAUGAUCCCCAGUGACUCGCGGGUAGAAAUCGACGCAAAGAUCAAUGCGGGCUACUUCACGACAGGCAAGCAGUACACGAUGGAGGAUCUGGCGAACGUGCGCGGACGUGGUUGGGAGAAGUGGGAGGAUGUUACUCAUUGA